GACUGUUUAUAAAAUAUUUGUUUUGUUGAAAAAACUGUAAAAAAUAAAUUAAAGGAAUAUAAUUAAAAUGCGCGAUAUAGAAAUAUUAGAUCCCAGAAAUUUAGUUAAAAAUCGUGAAAUCUUGUACAGGCUUAUUAUAAGUCAAAUGAUGUACGAUGGUUUGGAAAAAUUUGCCAUGGAAUUAUCUAUGCUUGUCAAAGCUGAUGAGUGCACACCCAGUGAAAGAUUACUGCAUGUUAUGAUAGCUGGUAUGCAAUCAUUAACCGAUAAGGAACCAGCGCCCAAAGACGAUGUGUUACCCUGUAUCGAUUUAGAGUUUGAACCAGAUGCGUCCGCAUUGGCACCAGAACCGGCAUCUUAUGAAACUGCAUAUGUGACCUCACAUAAGCAAUCUUGUCGUGCUGGCGCGUUUAGUCAUGACGGCACCCUUGUGGCAACUGGUAGUGUGGAUGCCAGUAUUAAAAUCUUGGAUGUUGAACGGAUGUUGGCUAAGUCUGCUCCUGAAGAAAUAGAGGCAGGACGUGAGCAGCAAGGUCACCCUGUUAUUCGCACACUGUACGAUCAUACCGAUGAGGUGUCAUAUUUGGAAUUUCAUCCUAAAGAACAUAUUUUAGCGUCCGGAUCUAGGGAUGGUACAGUGAAAUUAUUUGACAUUGCUAAACCAUCUGUUAAAAAAGCUCAUAAAGUAUUUACUGAUUGCGAACCCGUAACAUGUUUGGGAUUUCAUCCCAGCGGUGACUAUAUGGCGAUUGGUACUGAGCAUUCUCUGUUAAGAGUGUACGAUGUUCAUACUGGACAAUGCUUCGUGUCGGCUAUAGCAUCACAACAUCACAGUGGAUCCAUAACCUGUGUUAAAUAUGCACCAACAGCUAAAUUGUAUGCCACUGGUAGUAUUGAUGGAUCAAUAAAAAUUUGGGAUGGUGUUAGUGGUCGAUGUGUCAAUACUAUAACGGAAGCUCAUGGUGGCGCGGAAAUUUGCUCAGUACAAUUUACACGCAAUGGCAAGUAUCUGCUUUCGUCUGGAAAAGAUUCAUUAGUCUAUUUGUGGGAACUGUGCACUAGUCGCCCUAUACAAACAUAUACUGGUGCUGGUACAACUGGCAAGCAGGAGCACAAUACCCAGGCUGUUUUCAAUCACACCGAAGAUUAUGUUUUGUUUCCCGAUGAGGCAACAACUUCAUUGUGUUCUUGGAAUUCCCGCAAUAGUCGUCGUUUGAAUCUUAUGUCUUUGGGCCACAAUGGACCAGUACGUUAUAUAACACAUUCUCCAAUUUCCCCGGCAUUUCUAACUUGUUCUGAUGAUUUCCGUGCUCGUUUUUGGUAUAGACGUACUACUAAUCAAUAAUGUAUAUAAGUUUUAAUUUAAACAAUUAACUUGAGACUAUGGUAUUUUGUUUUUAAGAAUUUUAGAUAUAUAUUGAAUAAAACCUAAUAACGAAACUUAAAA